AUGUCAUCCAAGUCAGCAGGGCUUUUUCUGCUAAAGACUGUAGCAGUUUUCUGUUGCAUCGGACUUUGUGCCCUUCUUUAUUCCUCGUGGAUUGUUUUUGCCGCCUUGUCCGUAUCUGGGAUCUCUAUAUCUGCAGUCUUUGCUUUUGUACGCCACAACCAGCUUCAUAAGACCCGAGAAAACCACCCCAUCAACCUAGAAACUGCGAGGAGUCAUGUGAGCAAGACUACAAACCUUAAUGGAGCAUAUCUUCUCGUCGUCCUGGGCUCAGGUGGCCAUACGAAGGAGAUGCUUGCCAUGCUGGAAAUCGGCUUCGCUCCGCUCUCGUCCAUUCACCGCCGUUAUCUCGUAUCGAGCGGAGAUGCAAUGUCGCUCAAACAGGUCAAGGCUUUUGAAGAACUGGUUCUGAAUGCUCACGGCGAGUCUGAAGCUGGAACAUACGAUGUCCACACCGUUACGCGGGCUCGCAAAGUCCAUCAACCACUACUCUCCACGCCUCUUACUGCUCUGUUGUCUGUCUUGGAGAUAUUUCCUCUCCUGACCAACUCACCGUUUGCCGGUACCCGAAGUCGUCAAAAGUAUCCUGAUAUCAUCAUUACGAACGGCCCGGCUACAGGUUUCUUCGUAGGACUUGUUGCCCACGUACUGAAACUUUUCUUCCUCGCACCAGAAGACGUCAUGCAGAUUUUCUAUGUAGAGUCAUGGGCGCGCAUCAAGACUCUGAGCCUCACAGGAAAGCUCUUCUACUACACCAAAAUCGCAGACGUUUUUCUCGUUCAGCAUGAGUACGUAGCCCAGAGAUACGGCGUGCCCAACGCGGGAUGUUUAGUGGUAGACCAGGCCAGUAAUUGA